AUGAUUUCAGAGAUAUUGGGUGAGUCUAUACCGAAAAACACUGAGCAUGCAGUGUCUGUGUGUCUACCUUUAUGGGCAGAUGUGGUUGGUUAUGAAGAAGGUGACGCGCGAGUACUUGACAGCCUAACGACGGGAUAUCCAAGGUUCUUCAUCCAUGCGUCUGUGAAGAGACUUUGUAACUUGAUCAGUGAACAAUAUGCUAGGGCUGGAGAGUCCUGUUUGUGCUUCCCAUCUUACUUGGUUGCCAAGAGAUGUAGAGAAUACAUUACUGUCAAGAGCAAACAGCUAGACAAGGAUGCCGACAUAGGUAAGAUCAGAAUUUUACAGUUAGCGAUGCCCCAGGAUGAUACAGAUCACACCGGGAUAUUUGAUUGCAAGAUCGCAGCUCUCUUCUUCAAAUCUGAGUUAUUCCCAUUAGCAAAGCAAUACUGGCAACAUAGCGGUGAGAUUGUAUCUAGUAGACUGGCUGACUACGUUACUGAGAGGUUAUACCCUAAUGCAAUCCACAUUGAUGAAGCUACAAAGGAUAACAAAACCUUCAUUGAAACACGGUUUGGUAGAAACCUUGACUCCUCUUUCAUUAAUAGAGCGAAGGAUAUACUGAGAAAUAGAAUUGCACACAAGGUAGUCGAGACAGAUCACAACCAGGAUGUAGCAACCAAUGUGUUUUUAUUUCCCAGUGGUAUGGCUUCGAUCUUUACUGCUCAUAGGCUCUUACUGAAUUACGAUCAUAUUAGGGUGUCUAACAUUAAGCAUAAUGGUGUUGAUAAAUCUGAUGAUAUUAUCGGUUAUGGUGAACCCUAUUUAAAAACUGUUAUGUUCGGUUUCCCAUAUACGGAUACAUUGUCAAUCCUUAAGAAGUUUAAUCAUACGUAUUUUUUGGGUUUAGGGGAUGAGUCUGCAAUGAAAGAUUUGAUUGGAAUUCUUGAAUCUGGUGAGCAAAUAUUGGCAGUAUUUCUAGAAGCUCCAUCUAACCCAUUGUUGAAGAUGUGUGAUAUGAGUAAACUGAAGCAAUUAUCACAGCAAUAUGGGUUCUUCAUUGUAGUAGACGAGACUGUCAGCGGUUUUGUUAAUAUUGAUAUUCUAUCCUAUUGUGAUAUUGUCUGCAGCUCAUUGACCAAAAUAUUUAGCGGAGACUCAAAUGUCAUUGCUGGAUCCCUAGUGGUGAACCCAGCUAGUAAACUACAUGAUUUUGCCAUCGAUUUCUUAAAUGAUCCAAAGAGGAAUGAGGACCUACUAUGGUGCGAAGACUCUGUAUACCUAGAAAGAAACUCGAGAGAUUUCAUCGACAGAGCACAGAAGAUUAAUAAAAUUGCAGAGGAUCUGGUAUCUACUGUAUUAUUAGAAGAGGAGGGACAAUUAUUAGAGAAAAUAUAUUACCCAAGCUUAACGAGUCCCGAGUCCAAACUUAAUUACGAUAGUGUCAAAUGUAACAAUGGUGGAUAUGGUGGAUUGAUUUCAAUCGUCUUCAAACGGGAGGACCAAGCUAAGGUGUUCUAUGACAAUCUAUCCUUGAAUAAAGGGCCAUCCUUGGGGACAAAUUUUACUUUAGUUUGUCCUUACGCAAUCCUUGCACACUAUGCAGAGCUCGAUGAAGUUGCUAAGUAUGGUGUAGUCAAAAAUUUGGUUAGAAUAUCGGUGGGGCUAGAAUCUCUAGAAACUCUCCAAACUAUAUUUAGAAAGGCAUUUGAUGCCGCUAAAGACGUAUAA